GCACUGGUCUCUAUUAGAAUACAUUAAUGGUAUUGGUAUUUUACUCUAGGUGGUACGUUGUCAGCGUAACAUUGAACAGGAGACUACUGAUAAUGACUGAUUCGAUGAAAUUUGGUCCGGAAUGGUUGCGCAAUAUGUCAGCCGAGCCCUCUGGCUCUCCUAGCAUCUAUAAUGUCGGUUCUGGAGGCCUAAAUGCCUCUGUUGCACCACACAACCUGGGCAACAACACGACACCGCCCACUUCGCGUAAUCUAUUUCCAGAAUACAGGUACGGACGAGAGGAAAUGCUUUCAUUGUUCGAUCGGAACUGUAUGCUGCCGCAGAUUCUGCCUUCGUUCAAAAAGCUUUUCGUGGAAAAGGUCCAGUACCCACUUGCCCUGACACCGAGCUCCGAGGAGGACAACAACCAAAAUCCGCCUGGAAAUAGCUCGCGUCCUGCCUGGUUGCAGCGUUCGUCAGGUGGAUUUAGUAAUUCCUGUCGGGGAACUGGACGUGGAGGGACAUCCGACCGUGGCCGAAUGCGCGGCAAAUCUCUCUAUCAUCCAAUAUACCAACGUCCUAGUAGUCUCUACGACGAAGGAUUAUCGGUAAUAUCUAGCAAGGCCGAUCGCGCUUGGAGUGACCGCAACGGAACUGGAGAUUCUGCAGUGGCUAACACCUCUACUAGUGGCACUGGUGGCCUAGACUGGAACGCGACUCCAAGCUCAAGUCCUCGGAAAGACUUUUCCGGUCACCAUCGUAACAUGGAAAAUUGGCGAAGAGGACGUAACGACGAUGGAUCCGGAGAUGGCCUGAUUGCCAGCGGUUCCAUCAGUGGAAAUGAAACUGCUGGUUGGAGAAGCGGUGGCGUCGGUGGAAGUACUAGUUUUGGUACAAACAGUCAUCGCUGGGGAAGGUCUACAAGUUGGAGAGAUGACGAUGCUAACAUCGACAAUCCAAAUAGUUUACAACGUUCAGUUUCAACGGUUGUGACUUUAGGCGCAGAUCGCGAGCGAACUGGAAACAGCAAAGGGUCUGGAACGGGCGCUGGAGAAGCAGUAGGGAGUACAUCCAACUCUUCUGUACGUUUGGCAAGCUUAAAGGCCCCACAAUUGUGGACUAUAAAUAAUGCAGGCGGUCCUGAUGUCGACGACAAUCUCCCAGAAUGGGCUAUGGAAACUCCAUCCGAAUUGGGUGGCAGUUUUGAUGCUAGUGGGGCUUUUCACGGUGAAAGCGAUUUACCAAAUAACAAAAGUUCGCAUAAUACCAUGAAUUCUAAAAACAUAAUCACUGAUCCCGAUGUGGUAAAACCUGAAACUGAACACCUUGUUGAUGAAGAUAGUAGUAACGAUAAUACUUCUAAAGUCGCUUUACCGAAAGAUCUAAAUCAUGAAGUUAAGGACAGCAAUAUUUCUGUAAUAAACUCAACUUCAAAAAUUGAAAUCAUCCAAGGAGAUAUUUCAGAUCGAAUCAAAGAAGUUGCCAAUGAAGUAGAAAAACUAAUAAUGGAAGAUGAUAACAGCUCAGCCGAUCAAAGUCAACUUAAAAGUGAAAGUAGCCGAUUUGCUUGUGUGCUGCCAAGUCUAGCAGAUAUUGAGUUGAGCAUGAAUCCUAAUUCGGGAAGUGGUACAACAUUGCGUUCACAAGCUCGUCUCACUAUGCCAAUACCAAUUGCGACUACACUUGCAGAUUCAGCUCAUCCAUCCCGUCAACAUCAGGUUGUGCCGUUUUCAGAACAUAUAACCAUGCAGCACCAUGCCUUGCACCACCAGCCACAUUUUUCAAUGCUUCCCGCACCACAAAUGAUAAAUCCAAGCCUGAAUGAAUUGUGGUUUUACCGGGACCCUCAGGCAAAUGUACAGGGGCCAUUUAGUGCCAUGGAGAUGUCCGAAUGGUAUCGUGCUGGGUACUUUAAUGAGAACUUGUUUGUGCGUCGAUUCCCCGAUACUAGGUUUAGACCGCUUGGUGAGCUUAUAAAAUUUUGCCAUGGGAACAUGCCAUUUACGCACAGUCACUUACUGCCUUCACCAAUGGACUUAGAGAAUCUUCCUGUUGGUCAGAUUCCAACUGCUCUUCCAACGGUACUUCCAGUUACGCCGCAUAAGCCAACACCAUUAGCUAUCUCACUAUCUGUUGUUGAACAGCACUUGCAAGAACAAAGAGAUGAGCAACUUAAGGCUAAUGUUACUGCGGCUGCGGAAUCUCUAAGCGCAGCAAUAAAAGGAAAUUCGGGCGGAAAUAAUAUAAGCACUACGUCAAACAUGCUUACUAUACGAUUUCAGAUGCUGCAGGAUCAGUACUUACAGCAUCAGGAAUACCAAAUACUGGCAGAGCUGUCCAAAAAUGAAGGCUUUCGACGGCUUUCGGCCAUCGAACGAGAGGCGAUUGUUCGACAAAAAGUUCAACAACUUGUUCUGCCUGAGUACUUGAGCAGUUUAAACGCAUUAAGUAACUCUUUGUCUGUGUUGAAUCCUGUUGCCGGGCGGCAAUUGUAUAGUGCAGUCGCUGAACACGCCAAGAAGGAUCAGCAAAACAUGUUCUCAAACAGCACCGAGCAGCAAAGGUCAGUCGGUAAUCUACUAGAUGCAAAUAAUUUUAUAUUGAAUGCCCAAAUUAUGAAUCAGCAAGCCCAGCCAGUUGUACCUCCUUUAGCAACAUCCGUGGAUUGCGUUAUGCAAAGUGGAUCUGCAGCCGACAUUAAUAAGGUUGAGUUGCCCAGAAAUGAUAUAAACUUAAUAAAUGAAUACAACUUGCGAAUGCUAUUGCGUGGUCAACCAACAUGUACCCAACAGCUACAAUCACCCCAUCCGAAUUCUGUUAACGAAAAUCUUUCUGGAGAGGAUUUAAUAACUGAAACAAAAUUGUUAGAGGGACAGAAUUUAAUGAUUCCGAUGUGGUUACCCUCUAACAAGCAACAACAGUGGCUGGGAAUGACUAGCGCAAAGGUAUCUCUGUGGGAAGUAGGCAACUUAAAUGAAGAGAAAAUUGAAGAGCAGGGACUAUUAAUUCAAAAGAAUCCGGAAACUUGCUUUGCAGAUGCAGUACAUCCUGUGCAAUCACCACCACUAUCGCCUGUUGGAUCAGGAGAUAAUUUGAAUAACGGUCCGUCAAUAGAAUUGGAUCAAGAACAGGUAUCUGACCAUCCAAAGGAUUCUCAUAAUCAAAAGGUGGUUAAAUCCUUCGUUUCCGAUGUUGAACAGUACCAUGAUGAGGAACAACAUCCACAGCUGCAACAGUUAAAGCAGACUAACAAAUUAAAGCAGAACGUGGCACAGUCUAUCAUAAAGCAUAAUAAUGAAGAUGAUCGCAAACGAGAGCAAACAGAAGAAAAGAAACGACAGAGGGAGGAACGCAAGCGCCAGCAAUUGGAUGAAGAAAAACGUCGGGCGGUAUUGGAAUCCGAGGAAAGAGCCCGUCAAUUGCUAGAGGAAAAAGAAAGGCAACAGCAAAUACAAGCCCAACGCCGAAAGGCAUUAUUAGGAAAUGCUCAGAGUCAAUCAGUUCAAAGUGGGAUCACAGGUACUUCCGGUUCUACUGAAAACAAUAAAAACGAUGCUGUCAAAACAUCUGAAGCGCAAGCAUCCAUUCGCUUACCUGGCACAUCAGUUGCGCCUUGGUCUGUGCAGUCGCCGAAAACGAAUAGCACGGCGCCCGGACUGGCAGAGAUACAAAAGGCAGAACGCCGGGAACGCCGCGCAGACCAGCAACGACAUCAAGAGCUACUAGAUAAGCAAGUACGUGCCAAUGCCGCGGCUGCAGCCGAAGCUAACGAUGCUUUACUGAAAUGGCAGGCAGCACCCCCGUUGGCGCCCGUCAUGAGCCUUGCCGACAUUCAAGCGGAAGAGGCCAAGCGAUUGGCCACUGACCUUGUAGAUCAGCAGCGGCGACGAGAACUGGAACAACACCAACAUUCUUCACUUCCAUCAGCCGUUGUCGCGGGGAGUGGAACUUCCAAUAUUUGGGGUUCAUCUAAUAGGGCAUGGAGUGGUUCGGCCGCUCCUCCUUCAAUGCCCUUUAGAUCAAGCACUGGAACUGGUCUAUGGGAUGAACCAAAGGGACCAGGUACUAAUCAAACUACGUACGGAUCUGGCUCAAGCAAUAGCAGCACUGUAACAGCCGCAGCCGUUUUGGCAGGUGGACUAAACUCGGCGAAUAAAACCACCUUGCAAACUCAAAAUAAGUUGCCGGCUCCAUUUGUAUCGCCUCGAAAUUUACGCAAGAGUCAAACUCUGCCAGCUAUACACAACCCAGGAAAGGCAAUUAAGAACGGAUCGGGACAACAGCAAGACAAACCGAAAUGUAGUCAUGCUCGCGUUGGCUUAAAAGUAGGAAAUUCAAUUGAGGACAAGGAUAGGGAGAGAAAGUCUAAUGUUAAGAGCCAGGUGCAACCAGGCGCUAUGGAUCAGGCUUUUAGUAAGGUUAACGAGUACGAAAACGAAUUUACUAGCUGGUGUAUUAAAAGCCUUGAUAAUAUGUCUGCCAAAGUUGAUGUACCCACGUUUGUAGCAUUCUUGCAGGAUUUGGAAGCCCCAUAUGAGGUAAAGGACUAUGUGCGAAUAUAUCUUGGUGAAGGGAAAGAAUCUUUGGAUUUUGCUAAGCAGUUUUUGGAGCGACGCAGCAAAUAUAAGAGCCUGCAACGUGCACAAAAUGCACACAAUGAUGAUAUGUGCAAGCCGGCUCCCGCUAUAACACCGUCGGCAAACGAUUAUACUGACCACAAGAACAAACAGAAAAAAGUUAAGAAGAAUAAGAUGACUAAAAUGGACGCCCGUAUUCUUGGAUUCUCUGUCACAGCCGCAGAGGGUCGGAUUAAUGUUGGGGUUCGUGACUAUGUUGAAGGACCAUAACCACUCCGGGAAGGCCCAAUUCAAAUUAUAUAUAAAAUUACAAAUCUUAUAAUCCGCAAAAUUGAAUCAUGCAUUUGGUCGCAAUUGGAUGUAAGCUAAACCAUAAAACACUUUAAUAUAAAUCAAAAUAUAUAUAUAUAUAUCUAUAUAUACACAAUCAAAACUGAAUAUUACUCAAUCACUAUUGCCAAAUUAAUAUUCCUCCUUCCAUGUUUUACGGUAUGUCGGUCAUUAGGGUUGUACAGCAAAAACACAUGUUAAGGGUGAGUAAUAGUGCAUUAGUUGCGUCUCCGUCUGUUUCAGCUGGUUAUUUUUCCCUUUUAUACACGCUUUGCCCCAUUAUUUCGUCAUUGCUUUAUAAAAUUUGUGCAGUCAACAAUGUAUACACUGCGCAUUCAAACAAAUUAAUGACUUUUGUCUUUUUACACUUGAACGCAAAAUAAUAAAAAAAAAACAAAAAGAAGCGAUGUUGUCGCCUUAUACUGUGCUAACUUA